UUCCAAUCCAGUUUGUUCGCGGUGCUGGUUGGGAGAGGACGUAUAUUGUUGGGCUGUUUGUAUAUUUAGACAUUAUUUGUUUAUUUUCUUGCUCAUUAUGCUUUGGUGUGUACUUAGUUUGUUUAUUCCGUUGUCGGUUUAAUUGGAAAUUAUUUUGUGAUGCCGCAACCGAUGGAUAUCCCUUCCCAGCAGCACUGUUUGGCCCGAGCUUUGUACGAUAACAUCCCUGACACACCCGACGAACUGAAUUUCCGUAAAGGAGACACCCUCAUCGUUCUAGAGCAGAAUACCGCAAAUAUCGAAGGAUGGUGGCUGUGCUCUCUAAGAGGGAAACAGGGUAUUUGCCCCGCUAAUAGACUGCGAUUAAUACCGGGCGUUUUCGAAGACCAUGGUCAACAGAUGAGAGGAGGUUCGCCUUACAACAUGCUCAUAGAACACGGAGAUUUGAGCUAUUUGCAGAGGCAAGGCAAAAGAAGAAGUUGGCAUGUCCAUCCCAAUCAGGUAAUCACCCCGAAGAAAUUCAACGAUGUCUAUCUGUACGACAUGCCGCCGUCCAGAUGCGCUCCGCACCUCCGUGGGGCAGCCACCCCCCUCGGCGGCGGCCUGAGCCCCACCCCUUCCUCUGCCGCCUCCUCCGCCGAGGACUACGACGUGCCGCCGCGCGCCGUGCCCCUCACCGAGGGGGGCUCCAAGAGCUGUCCCCGAUGCUCCCCCUCGCCCUCCUCGCACGCCUCGCCUAGGGACUCCACUGGGGAGGCGUACGACGUACCUAGGCCUCUUUUAGGCCACCCGACCAACAACCUCACCCCCUCGAGCUCAGCCAGCUCCCUCACGACCUUCGACUCCUCAACCCCCUCUCGCCGCAGCCUCACUCCCACCACCAUACCCGACUACGACGUACCCAAAUCCCACCACAAAAAAACACCCCCACUCCUCCAAUCCCAAACCUACGAUGUGCCCGCGCAUGCGCAGCAAGCCAAACAGCUGCCGUUGGAGCUGAAUUCGGCGUUGGAGUGUCUGGAGCGACUGCAAACCGACACGACGGCAGCCAUUUCGAAGCUAUUGGGUCACGUGGGACCGCAAUGGCGGAGCAGGGAGCGGUUGGAGGGGGGCAGUCUGAUGGAGAUCCGGCUGGCGGUGACGAGGCUGAGGGCUUCGUUGCACGAUUUGGCUGAGUUUGGGGAGGGGGCUUUGGGGAACGCGGCUAGGGCUUCCGACAAGAAUUUGGCAGGUAAAUUAUCACCCCUCGUUUCGGCCUUGAAAAAAUCCUACAGCCUAGUACAGGAAGCCUCCGACAACCUCUCCGCCCACAACUGGUCUCUCGACGUCCUCGCCAGACCCACCAUUGAAGAAAAACCGAGAAAACCCGACGAACUCGAACAACUGGUAGCCUGUUCGAGAGCCCUAACCGAGGACAUCCGGCAAAUAGCCUCCUUCAUCCAGGGCAACGGUCUUCUUCUCUUCAAAAAAGACCACCAGGAGUGGGGCGAAGAGUACGACUACGUCAGCUUCGAAUCGAAGGAGAACAUGUCGAAGAACCAUGCGGAGAUCAUCAAGGAAUUGCCGCCCAACUUGCAACAGAACUACGACAACUGCGUCCAAUUGGCAGACACUGUCGCCUUCGAUGGGGACCACAAAGCCUUCGGGCUAGACUCCGACGACAAACGCCUGCUGAUCUUCUACGCCAACCAAGUGGUGACGCAUCACAACAACCUGACGCUCGCCAUCGACGCCUUCCUGCAAACAGUCGAACACAACCAGCCGCCCAGGAUCUUCCUCGCUCACGGCAAAUUCGUCGUUUUGAGCGCCCACAAGCUCGUCCUCAUCGGAGACACCGUCCACAAGAACAUCUCUUGCAGGGACAUCAAAGAGCGGACUCUGAAUUGCGCAAACGCACUAUCUGACGCGUUGGCUUGCAGCGUCAGUAAAACCAAGCAGGCGGCGAUGCAGUUUCCUUCGGUGACUGCCGUGCAAGAGAUGGUGGAUUCCAUCGUGGAUAUUUCCCAUUCUGCCAAGGACUUGAAGAUGUGUCUCGUACAGGCAGCGGUGCCCCUCUAGAUUUCACGGUAACUUUCCUUAUCAGGCUGUGUCAAGUCUCUGGUUUUACCGGAUAAAAUAUCAUCAUAAGUCUGUUGGGGAUAUCAGUCAGGUUUCAAACCUGCUCACAAAGUUACUACGGCAACAUCUAUGGCCGUACGAAGGAUUUGACACAGUCUCAUAAAGUCCCUUGUUGUGCUUACUAUGGCAGUGGCUUCUUUUGAAACGUUAAACGAUCAAUUAGGCAAAAAUAAAGAUAAAUACCC